UUAGAAAGCAUCAUUGAAUUCCGAAAUUGAAUAGAACUAGCAGGCUACAAGUGAAUUAGGCUUCAAAAAUAUUAAAUUUUAACCUGGAAAUUGCUUUUUUGUUCAUUAAAAUUAACGUAAAUCGCUCAACUCACAAUGUACGAAAACGAUGAAGCCGAACAUUUUGAUGAAGAGGAUCCGGAAGAGAUUUCCCACGAGCUGUGGCAAGAAGCUUGCUGGAUCGUAAUUAACGCUUACUUCGACGAAAAAGGUCUGGUUCGGCAACAGCUGGAUAGUUUCGACGAAUUUAUUCAGAUGUCCGUGCAGCGCAUUGUGGAGGAUUCCCCGGCUAUAGAGUUGACUGCCGAAGCACAACACACCACUGGUGACAUUGAGACACCGACCCGCUACGUUUUGAAAUUCGACCAGAUUUAUUUGUCCAAGCCGACUCACUGGGAAAAGGAUGGUUCUCCUUCGCCUAUGAUGCCGAACGAGGCUCGUUUACGUAAUUUAACAUACUCUGCUCCACUGUACGUGGACAUCACUAAAACGAAGAUCGUCGAAGGUCAGGACCCCGUUGAAACGCAGCACCAGAAGACAUUUAUUGGGAAAAUUCCGAUUAUGCUGCGGUCAACGUAUUGUUUGCUUUCACAGCUUACGGAUCGUGAUUUAACGGAGUUGAACGAAUGCCCAUUAGAUCCGGGUGGUUAUUUUAUCAUUAACGGCUCGGAGAAAGUGCUGAUUGCACAGGAGAAAAUGGCUACCAACACGGUGUACGUAUUUAGCAUGAAGGAUGGAAAAUAUGCGUACAAGUCGGAAAUUCGUUCGUGUUUGGAGCACAGUUCUCGGCCUACUUCUACACUUUGGUGCAACAUGAUGGCUCGUGGUGGACAGAGUAUUAAAAAGUCAGCCAUUGGUCAACGUGUGAUUGCGAUUUUGCCCUACGUCAAGCAGGAGAUUCCGAUCAUGAUCGUUUUCCGGGCGCUCGGUUUUGUGGCUGAUCGCGAUAUUCUGGAGCACAUCAUUUACGACUUCGAUGAUCCGGAAAUGAUGGAGAUGGUAAAACCGUCGCUGGAUGAGGCGUUCGUUGUGCAGGAACAGAAUGUGGCUUUGAAUUUUAUCGGUGCCAGAGGAGCUCGGCCUGGUGUCACAAAAGACAAGCGUAUCAAAUAUGCGAAGGAAAUCUUACAAAAGGAAAUGUUGCCUCACGUUGGUGUGUCAGAUUUUUGCGAAACCAAAAAGGCGUACUUUUUGGGUUAUAUGGUGCAUAGGUUGCUGUUAGCUGCACUCGGUCGCCGCGAGCUGGACGAUCGUGAUCACUACGGAAAUAAACGAUUGGAUUUGGCUGGACCAUUGUUGGCUUUUCUGUUCCGUGGAUUGUUUAAGAACUUGAUGAAGGAAGUACGCAUGUACGCACAAAAGUUCAUCGAUCGUGGAAAAGAUUUCAACCUGGAACUGGCGAUCAAGACGAAGAUCAUCACAGAUGGUCUGCGCUACUCACUGGCUACAGGAAACUGGGGUGAUCAGAAAAAAGCUCAUCAGGCUCGAGCCGGAGUGUCUCAGGUGUUGAACAGACUGACUUUCGCGUCGACUUUGUCCCAUUUGCGCCGAGUUAACUCACCGAUCGGUCGGGAUGGUAAAUUGGCUAAACCUCGUCAAUUGCAUAACACGCUGUGGGGAAUGAUUUGCCCUGCCGAAACACCGGAGGGUGCUGCUGUCGGACUGGUAAAGAAUCUAGCUCUAAUGGCCUACAUCUCUGUAGGAUCGCAACCGUCACCGAUUUUGGAGUUCUUGGAAGAGUGGUCUAUGGAGAACUUGGAGGAAAUCGCUCCCUCAGCUAUUGCCGAUGCAACCAAGAUUUUCGUCAACGGAUGCUGGGUCGGGAUCCAUCGCGAUCCGGAACAGUUGAUGGCUACCUUGCGGAAACUUCGCCGUCAGAUGGACAUUAUCGUAUCGGAAGUGUCAAUGAUUCGAGAUAUUCGCGACAGAGAAAUCCGCAUCUACACCGAUGCUGGCCGCAUCUGUCGUCCACUACUUAUAGUAGAAAACGGAAGUCUUCUCCUGCGUAAAAAUCACGUCGACAUGUUGAAAGAUCGUGAUUAUAACAAUUACGGCUGGCAGGUGCUGGUCGCUUCCGGAGUCGUAGAAUACAUCGACACAUUGGAAGAGGAGACCGUUAUGAUUGCUAUGACCCCGUACGAUUUAAAACAAGAUAAAGAGUAUGCCUACUGUACGACGUACACACAUUGCGAAAUUCAUCCGGCUAUGAUUUUGGGCGUAUGUGCUUCGAUUAUACCAUUCCCUGAUCAUAACCAGAGUCCACGUAACACCUACCAAAGCGCUAUGGGUAAACAAGCUAUGGGGGUUUACAUUACUAAUUUCCACGUCCGGAUGGACACACUCGCGCAUGUCCUGUAUUACCCAAUGAAACCACUUGUCACAACCCGGUCUAUGGAGUAUCUGCGUUUCCGAGAGCUGCCAGCAGGAAUUAAUUCAAUUGUAGCCAUUCUUUGCUACACCGGAUACAACCAGGAAGAUUCUGUCAUCUUGAAUGCAUCAGCAGUCGAACGUGGUUUCUUCCGAUCAGUGUUUUACCGUUCCUACAAGGAUUCUGAGAGCAAGAAGAUCGGCGAUCAGGAAGAACAGUUUGAAAAACCAAACCGUCAAACGUGCCAAGGAAUGCGAAACGCACUGUACGACAAAUUGGAUGACGAUGGUAUCAUUGCUCCGGGUUUGCGUGUAUCUGGUGACGAUGUUGUGAUUGGGAAAACCAUCACACUACCAGAAACCGACGACGAUUUAGACGGAACCACUAAGCGCUUCUCGAAACGAGAUGGAUCAACUUUUCUGAGAAAUUCGGAAACCGGUAUUGUGGAUCAGGUCAUGUUAACACUAAACAGCGAGGGAUAUAAAUUCUGCAAGAUUCGUGUUCGUUCGGUACGUAUACCACAAAUCGGUGACAAAUUUGCCUCUCGUCACGGUCAGAAGGGUACUUGCGGUAUCCAGUAUCGCCAGGAAGAUAUGCCGUUUACUUGCGAGGGAAUUACUCCGGAUAUCAUCAUCAACCCUCACGCUAUCCCGUCGCGUAUGACAAUUGGUCACUUGAUCGAGUGCAUUCAGGGCAAGUUAGGUUCGAACAAGGGUGAAAUUGGUGAUGCCACCCCCUUCAACGAUGCUGUCAACGUGCAGAAGAUUUCAACUUUCCUUCAGGAAUACGGCUAUCAACUUCGCGGUAACGAAGUCAUGUAUAAUGGACACACCGGGCGUAAAAUCAACGCUCAAGUGUUUCUUGGGCCGACUUACUAUCAACGUCUAAAGCAUAUGGUGGAUGACAAAAUUCACUCAAGAGCACGUGGUCCGGUGCAGAUUUUGGUCCGUCAGCCUAUGGAGGGUCGUGCUAGAGAUGGUGGUCUACGUUUCGGAGAGAUGGAGCGGGAUUGUCAGAUUUCCCACGGUGCGGCCCAAUUCCUUCGGGAGCGUCUCUUUGAGGUGUCCGAUCCGUAUCGGAUACAUGUGUGCAACUUCUGCGGACUGAUUGCGAUUGCCAACAUGCGCAACAAUACCUUCGAGUGCAAGGGCUGUAAGAAUAAAACACAGAUAUCCCAGGUUAAGUUGCCUUACGCAGCUAAACUUCUAUUCCAAGAAUUGAUGGCGAUGAACAUUGCCCCUCGUUUGAUGGUAUUGUAGGACUACUUACUAUUUUGUCACCUCCUUUUACAGCAGUGCAUUGUUUUAUAAUAUUGAUACGAAUAUAAAUAAACGAAACUUCUCGUGGAAA